CUGCAGGGCUCAUUCCAUGCUGUCCUACGAGGUCUCUGUGAGUCGGGCUGGAUUUGAUGACAGCAAGUUCUCAGAGCUUGCUGGGGAAACAGUCGACUUGGGGAUACGAGUCCAGGCGGAUAACGCAGCCGCUUCUUCCCCGGGGACAAUGGAGCCGAGCAGGGUGGCGGAUGCCGGCGGGACAGGGGCCAAACCCGAGGUGCCAGCUGCUCGCUCGCGCCUCUUCAUGACCCUCUCUGGGCCUGUACCAGGACGUGCCCGAGACCAAGCCUCGGAUUCAUCCGCCGGAUCCGUGCGGCUCAAUGUCAGCCCCAAGAAAGGCCCAGGGAACAAAGGCCCGAGUGAGAGCGUGCCGCUGCCCGCUGCAGCUGCAGUGCCCACCGCCCCGGAUAAAACCCCCGCCGCCUCGGGCCCUCGGGGACCCGCGCCUCUCCCCCCGGAGCCCGAGGGCGCAGCCCUCUCCGUGCCCAAGGACCCCGGCUUCUUCGACAAAAUCUUCAAACUGGACAAGGGACGCGAAAAGACCCCUGUGGACAGCCAAGCAGAUGCCCCGGGUGUCCCAAGGGGGGACAGAGCUGACAACGUUGCUGGACCGGCGGGGCCGCGCAGCGAUGACCGGGGACAGCAGGACGUAGCUGACAGCAAGGAAAGAGAAGGACCGGAAAUCGCAAGUUUGGAUUCUUCUGUCCUGGAGGGGAUCCCAGAAGCACCAGAGACCACAGCGGAGAACCCCCAGGCCACAGAGCCAACCGAGAGUAAUCAUCCCAUCAUGAGUUUCUUUAAAACUCUGGUUUCUCCUAACAAAGCUGAAGCAAACAAGGAGCCUGAAGACACGAAGGCAGCCGGAGUAGAGCGGGUGUGUGACGGACAUGCCGGGCAGACGACGUCAGAGGGCCAGGCCAAAGGUGCCAAGAAAAAGCACCUGGAUAGCCCCAGGGUGGGGCUCGCCUUUAGGAAGUUCUUUAGACACAAGGGUGCUGAAAAGUCACCCCCCGCUUUGGCUGACCCCAAGUCAGACAAAGCCAACAUUGUACCCCAGGAGACCCAAGGGGCAGCCAAGAACCCUAAAGGCUGCAGCCCCGUCAUACCGGCACCGUCUGCAGCAGCCUCUGAGACAGCCAAGGACGGGCCCAAGGAGAGAGCAGGGCCCACCUCCCUGCCUCUGGGCAAGCUCUUCUGGAAAAAGUCCAGUAAAGAGGAUUCCAUCCCCACAGGGUCAGAGGAGAAUGUGGUGGGUGAGUCACCGGGGGAGAGGAGGAAGUCGGAGGACGCGGCGUCGAGCUUACACACGGUGGACCUCAGUGAGGACAUCGUUGAUGCUGCGCCACAACCUGCGCACGUCAAACCCGCGAGAGAAGAAAGCAAACCACCCAGAACCCUCCUGGCGUUUUUCAGGCAAAUGUCAGUGAAGGAGGAAGGCGGGCGUGCCUACUCGGAAGGAGUAAAUGGGAAAGAUCCCGCCCACCAAACCUCAGACUCAACAGAGAAGACCCCCUCGCCCCCCGAGCCGGAGCCGGAGCCCACAGCUGCAGCCCCCAGGGGCCGAGAGGGCCCCUCCAAGGAGAAGAAGGCGGCUGCCGAGCCGAACAAGCAAAAGAGCAACAAGCCAGAGGCCAAAGACGGGGCGACGAGUGCUGAACCAUGCGUGGUGGAGGCCGACCCGCUGCAGAACGGAGACCAGAGAGCCGAGAGGCCGAGGCCUUCUCUCCGGGGCUUCCUGAAGGGCCUGGGACCAAAGCGGAUGCUGGAUGCUCAAGUGCAGACAGACCCCGUGUCCAUCGGACCCGUCGGCAAAUCCAAGUAAACAAAUUACCACCAUGGUUCCCACCGGGCUCUCCUGCCAUCGAGAGACCUCCUUCUCCUCCUCCUCUUCCUCCUCCUCCUCCUCCUCUGCCUCCUUCCCAGACCGGGCUGUGUCCUUACUUCUGAGUCUCCCGGCCACUGCACAGAACUCUGCCUGCCUGAUAAGCACAUGUGUACAGAGGUGUAGUCACUGAGGUGUAUGUUGUACCGUCUCUGGCCCAACCUCGCCUGGUCAGUCACUGUAAAGAUGGUCCCACAGGUUAGCUAGUGGGAUGAGAAGAGCGGUGCGUGCCAGACGGGAGGGGGGCGCGGAGCAGGCCGAUUACAUUUUGAAAACCAGCAGGAGCAGGCGUUGCCGUCAGCCUCCUGGAAGGAAUUGGGCUUUGUGGCGAAUACUUGCUCGUCGUCUGGGCCUGGAUCGGGGAGAAUAGACUCUCGAGUCUGAGAGAGGACUUGGGCUCUGAGUUGGGGUGCUGUCAGCUCCCUGGAAGGGUAUACGGGGGAAGGGGUGUCUCACGGAGGGGUAAAUGAGAAGUCUUUCAUCGGAUGGGGCCCGUGAAUGUUAUUGAUAAGAGGGACAUUGUGGCUUAGAGAGGGCUUAAAAUGAUUAGGGAAAACAAUUGUUUGGGGUUUUUUUUUGAGGUUCAGUGACAAGGAUUACAAGUUCACCCCCCAAAAAAAUGUAAGGGAAAGUUGCACAUUUCGUUUGCAGCCACCCGGGGGCGCCCGGGCCUCCUUUUCGAUCCGGCCUCCCUUCUCACUAACAAAGAUUGGGGUCUUCGCAGUCUUACAAGAUUAAUGUUUCUCAUAUGGCUGAGAGGCUUUGCUUCAUCUGUUCUGUCUGACACUUCGCUCAAGUUUGUCUGUAACCCCCUAAUGUUCUCAGGAUGUGCUCUGAUAAAACCCUCCCCAUAACCCCACUUAAUAAAAAAGUUACAAAAGAUCA